CACUUCCUGUUUUGGGUUGUUAGCGGAUGUGAACUGAGGUGGCUCCAUGAACUCCUCUUCUUGUCUUCAUUCGCAGCCAAUUUAUUGUUAAUUAGUGAACUUUAACAACACACAAGAUGUCGGAAACGGGGAACCGGCUGCGGAAGCUGCUCGAAUCGCCCAAUUUCGACCCGCAGAACUACGUGAAGCAGCUGUCCCAGCAGUCCGACGGCGACAGAGACCUGCAGGAGCACCGGCAGAAAAUCCAAAACCUGGCCGACGAAACGGCUCAAAACCUGAAGAAAAACGUCUAUAAGAACUACAGGCAGUUUAUAGAAACGGCCAAAGAGAUUUCCUACCUGGAGAGCGAGAUGUACCAGCUGAGUCACAUCCUGACGGAGCAGAAGAGCAUCAUGGAGAGCAUCACUCAGGCCUUGCUCUCCACAGACAAGGACGAGACCUCCAAGGAGAUGCAGGCUGCGUUCCCCAAAGAAACCGAAGAGGUGAAGCAGAGGACGCUCACCUCUCUGCUGGAGAAAGUGGAAGGGGGUAAAAACAUCAUGGACACCCCAGGGAGGCACCUGGUCUACAACGGUGACCUUGUGGAGUUCGAUGUCGACAACAUGUCCCAGAUCCAGAAGGUGCACGCGUUCCUGAUGAACGACUGCCUGUUGAUCUCCACCUGGUUGCCCAACCGCAGAGGAGCGGUGAAGUACAAGUACAACGCCCUGUAUGACCUGGAGAGCUUCGCCGUGGUCAACGUGAAGGACAACCCUCCGAUGAAGGACAUGUUCAAGAUCCUCAUGUUCCCAGACAGCCGCAUCUUCCAGGCGGAGAACAGCAAGAUCAAGAAGGAGUGGCUGGAGAUCCUGGACGAGACCAAGAAGAACAAAGUCUCGAAAGACAAACACAAGAAAGAGGAGGAGGUGCCUGUCCCCGUCCGAGCCGAGGUGUCCACCAACCCGUUCGACGUGGAAGACGACCGGCCGGCGGACGCGGAGGAGAGCGUGGACCUCGGCCUCGAGUGGAUCCAGGAGCUGCCGGAGGACCUGGACGUGUGCAUCGCUCAGAGGGACUUUGAGGGCGCCGUCGACCUCCUGGACAAGCUCAACGAGUACCUCAAAGACCAGCCGGUCACCCCGAGGGUCAAGGAGCUGAGGGUGAAGGUGGACGAGCGCGUGCGGCAGCUGACGGAGGUUCUGGUGUUUGAGUUGUCUCCAGAUCGGUCGCUUCGGGGUGGACCGAAAGCCACCAGGAGGGCCGUGUCCCAGCUCAUCAGACUAGGCCAGUCUACAAAAGCCUGCGAGUUGUUCCUGAAGAAUCGCGCCGCCGCUGUCCAAACGGCCAUACGGCAGCUCCGCAUCGAGGGAGCCACGCUGCUCUACAUCCACAAGCUCUGCAACAUCUUCUUCACCAGCCUGCUGGAGACCGCCAAGGAGUUCGAGAUGGACUUUGCGGGGAACACGGGCUGCUACUCGGCCUUCGUGGUCUGGUCCAGAACGGCCAUGAGGAUGUUUGUGGACGCCUUCAGCAAACAGGUGUUUGACAGUAAGGAGAGUCUGUCCACUGCAGCAGAGUGCGUCAAAGUAGCGAAGGAGCACUGUCAGCAGCUGACGGAGAUCGGCCUGGACCUGACCUUCACCCUGCAGUCGCUGCUGGUCAAAGACAUCAAGGCGGCUCUGCUCAGCUACAAAGACAUCAUCAUGGAGGCCACGAAGCACCGCAACUCGGAGGAGAUGUGGAGGAGGAUGAACCUCAUGACCCCCGAGGCUCUGGCUAAACUUAAGGAUGAGAUGCGCACCUGCGGCAUGGGCAGCUUCGAGCAGUACAUGGGCGAGGACUGCUGGGUGAACCUGAGCUACACCAUCGUGGCCUUCACCAAGCAGAUGAUGAGCUUCCUGGAGGAGGGCCUGAAGCUCUACUUCCCCGAGCUGCACAUGGUGUUCCUGGAGAGCCUGAGGGAGAUCAUCCUGGUGGCCGUGCAGCACGUGGACUACAGCCUGCGCUGCGAGCAGGAACCAGAGAAGAAGGCGUUCAUCGUGCAGAACGCCACCUUCCUCCACGACACCGUGCUGCCCGUGGUGGAGCGGAGGUUCGAGGAGGGCGUGGGCAAGCCGGCCAAACAGCUGCAGGACCUGAGGAAGAGCACGAGGCCGGUCAGGAUCAACCCAGAGAGCACCACGUCUCUGGUCUGAGUCUGAUGAGGAGUUAUUCUGAGACUGCUUUACAGGAUGGUGGACAAAAAAACCCACACAUGUGCUUUUACACUUUGGACAUUUCAACCCUAACUUUAGAGAUAACUGCUCAACAGUGGCUGAAGGUUGAAGGACAAAACAUGACAUGACAGGAUGCAACAAACAAAGCUGAAGGUAGGUAGAUUUAGAAAGCUGCUCUACACCUGAAAUCGACUUAACACCACUUAAACGCUUACUGCCCGAGGAAAACAGGCUUUCAAAUAUCCCUGUGACUGUUUCCAAUAUUUGGCUUUGAGCCGUGAACAUGUUCCUGUUUUCAUGUCAGGACGUAAUGAGAGGUAAGAAGUGCACUGUUUGCUCAAAAUGUGCAACAAAUAAUUGAAUCUUUAGUAACACAUUUCAGACAAACGGUUACUUUUCUGACAGUUUUCAUUGCAGGCGAUCCUAUUUUCUUUGACAUUUCUUUCAAAAAUCGAGUAUCAGAUAUUGGCAAAAAUCUGAUCUGAAUGUUUUGACUUACCAUAGAACUAAUCAUUAUGAUUUUUGUUAAGUUAGAAGCAGUACAUUAUUAGCGUGUUUGAUUCAAACUCUUACUCGAUGCCACUGAACCAUAAUCAGACACUAACUAGUUUUUGAAGACACUCGGACUGGUCGAAAGGGACGACUGAAAAGCUAAAGCACUUGUUUAUGUUCAUGUUGUGUUUAAGAAGAACACGAGAAAUGUAAUAAAGAUUGUUAUGCAUAAGAGCAA